AUGGAUAACAGAGAUUUCUUGUUUGUGCACCUUCUUUUAGUUCUCACACUGGGCUCUGUUUCAAAGGCUACAGACAUUUGUGGUAUUUCCGAGUUCUCCAGCCGGAUAGUUGGGGGUACAGAUGCUUCCAAUGGAAGUUGGCCCUGGCAGAUUAGUCUAAGAUUUAAGGGCAGCCAUAUCUGCGGGGGGACCCUGAUCUCCAGUCAGUGGGUGAUGACGGCUGCGCACUGCUUAGAAUUGUCAAACUAUCCUUCAUCGUACACUGUUGUCCUUGGUGCCUACCAGCUGUCCAUAACCAAUUCCCACCAAGUGACAUCCAACGUGAAGAGUAUUAAAGUCAACAGUCAGUACGAUGGCACCGGGUCUAGCGGGGAUAUCGCUCUCAUUGAACUCUCAAACAACAUCACUUACACUGAAUUCAUUCGACCUGUGUGUCUGCCCCCCGCGUCCAUCAGUUUCAGAAAUGGCAUGAAUUGCUGGGUUACUGGAUGGGGGGCUACCAGCUUCGGAGGUUCCUUAUCGAACCCUGAGACUCUUCAGCAAUUGAUGGUCCCACUAAUUACCAGAGACACAUGUAAUGCCAUGUACAACAUUAACAGUGGAUUUAUGUACAAUAUUAUCGUAAUCCAGAGCGACCAGAUCUGCGCCGGGUACCAGGCUGGAGGGAAGGACUCCUGCCAGGGUGACUCUGGGAGUCCGCUGGUCUGCCAAGUGGACAGUGUCUGGUAUCAGGUUGGCAUUGUGAGUUUUGGAGAACAAUGUGCUCUUCCAAACAGGCCUGGAGUUUACACCCUCGUAUCAGUUUAUGAAAGCUGGAUCAAAUCAACUAUGACCUCAUCUUCCAUGUCUCUUCCGACUAUAUCAGUUCUGCUCCUUGUUGGUGCUCUCAUGUUUCUGCUGCAUUGACUUGCACCAUUGUGACUUGAAGGACCCAUGACAAGGCACACAAACUUUCCUUGUAACCCCCCCCCCCCCCCAACAUCGCUGCUUCCUAGAUGGACAUGUAGACAUAGACCGUGGUCUAAACUAGAAUAUGUUUCCUCUGUGUAAAA